AUGUCAGCAUCCAACUGGAGUCGUGUAGACAACAUCAACUACGGCAGCGGUGUAGGCCCAACAUUCCCGGAGCUGGUUGCAAACGUGUCAGAGGUGUUGCAGGUCGCCCAGCUAUCUUAUAUCAGCAUACCAUCCCCUGGCGGCAGCUCAAACAUAAACUCAUCCACUUUCCUGAACGUGUCGCAGAUCGCAAACAGGCUGCUCUGCUCGCCAGGCUCUGACAUCACUGCCGCCGUCAUGAUCCACGGCACGAACACCCUUGCGGAGACGGCAUUCGGCGUGGACCUGACGUUCCAGUGCAACAAGCCCUUUAUCGUUACAGCCGCCAUGCGUCCCGACACGUACGUUUCGCCGGACGGCCGUGCCAACUUCUACCAAGCAGUUGCCGCCGCCGUGUCUCCCGACACCGUUGGCCGCGGCGGCCUGAUAUCCUUGAACGACCGUUUGACCAGCAUAUUCUACUCGACCAAGCUGGAUGCCAACACACCCGAUACUUUCAAAUCGCUUGAGCAGGGUAACGUGGGCGUCUUCCUGGCCGGUCAGCCGUACUACUACUUUGACGCUGCCCUGCCUACUGGCCGCCCUUAUUUCGACAUCAGCACCACAACGGUUCUGCCGAGUGUCAUCACCCUCUACGGACACCAGGGAUUUGACGCCUCUCUCAUGUACGCUGCGGUCGCCAACGGUGCCAAGGGCUUGGUGAUUCUCGGUGCCGGCGCCGCCUCGCUCAGCUCUACGGCAACAGCAGCCGCCACCGACCUGUACGCCCGUGGAAUACCCGUUGUCGCGGCGCCGCGACCCAUCACCGGUGCUGGUGUUCCAGGAAUCACCCCCGGUCCAGUGAUCAAAUCUGGUUAUGUCGGAGGUGAUCAGGCUCGCGUCAUGCUGCAGUUGGCCAUCAAUGCCGGUUACAGUCUCGACCAGAUUCGCGACCUCUUCGAGGCGCCCCUGCGCAAGGCUGUUUAUGGUCCGUGGGCCAACCAGCUUUUCUACGGUAUCGUGUCAAACCCAGACCAUAUCUUCUAG